ACCUUAGAAUUUUACAGGAAAAAAUGCACAUUCUGAAAAGAAAAAAAAUUCUGAUUGUAUCCUUGAAUUCAGAAAAAAAUUGUGAAGGACCAGAAGUCCUAAACUGAACGAAGGUGGCAUAGAGUUGUGUAAUUGAGGAAGAUGAGGAGCAAACCAGCCGCUGUUUUCAUGGCUUUUGGAACUAAAGGCGAUAUCUACCCUCUUGCCGCCAUUGCUGCAGCGUUUGCUUGUGAUCAGGAGCAAUAUCAAGUGGUUUUUAUAACUCAUUCAGCUCAUGAGAACUUGAGGGUGCACUUGAGAGCAAAUAAAGUUACUUACAUACCAGUUUCAUCGCCACCUGUUGUUUCCCCUCUUGAACAUUAUGGUAACAUGGAGUUAUCUUUUUCUGCUCACAAAAGGGAAAUUAUCCAGAAGCAUAGGUAUGAGUGUACUUCGAUCAUUGAGGAUAUCUUUGGAGAUGACUCAGUGGAGGGUGAUGCUAUUGCUAUUAAUUUCUUUGCUCUGGAAGGUUGGAGCUUUGCUGAGCUUUUUCAGGUCCGUUGCAUUGUGGUUGCUCCUUAUGUUGUUCCCUAUAGUGCUCCUUCAUCAUUUGAACGGCAAUUUAGGAAAGAACAUCCAGAGUUAUAUAACCAUCUCCAGGAAGCUCCCACUGACAAGGUUGGCUGGAAAGAUGUCAUCCAUUGGAUGUGGCCACUUUUCUCUGAGGAGUGGGGCUCAUGGAGAAGUCUGGACCUGAAUCUGAGUGCCCUUCCUUUUACGGACCCUGUAACAGGUCUUCCGACAUUCCAUGAGAGGCUUCCGUCUUCUCUACUAUUGUAUGGAUUUAGCAAAGAUGUUGUUGAAUGCCCUGGUUAUUGGCCUUCAAAAGUGCGGGUUUGUGGCUUUUGGUUUCCUCCCCGGGAAUGGCAGUUUUCAUGCAAUGACUGCACAGAUAUAUCUGCAUCGGUUUCUACAGGGAGUUCGAAUAAACAAAACAAACUGUGUUCUAUCCACCUCAGCUUGCAGCUUUUCAUUGAAUUUCCUGCUACAGAGCUGCCUAUUUUCAUAGGUCUGAGUUCAAUUGGAAGCAUGGGUUUCUUGAGGAACCCUCGUGCAUUUCUUCGGGUGCUUGGAAAUGCAUUAGAAAUAUCAGGUAGCAGGUUUAUUUUGUUCUCAGCUGGCUAUGAACCUUUAGAAGCAGCAAUUGACUCUUAUGCCAAGGAAGCAUCCUCUUGUCCGGAACAAACACAACGGAGUAAUGAAGGAGUUUCUCUUUUUGGAGGCCGACUCUUUUGUUUCUCUGGUUCCGUCCCAUACAACUGGCUGUUUCCAAGGUGUGCUGCGGCAAUUCAUCAUGGUGGAAGUGGAUCCACGGCUGCUGCUUUACUGGCUGGAGUUCCUCAGGUGAUAUGCCCGUUUAUGCUGGAUCAAUUCUACUGGGCAGAGAGGAUGUAUUGGCUUGGUGUUGCCCCUGAGCCACUGAAAAGAGAACACUUGGUGCCAGAUAAAGAUGAGGAUCUCUACAUCAAGGAAGCUGCAAACAUGCUUGUGAGGGCGCUGGAGUAUUCACAGUCUUCUGAAGUCAAAACCCGCACUUUGCAGAUAUCUAAUAAAUUGUCUAAUGAGGAUGGAGUAUCGGAAGCAGUUCAUCUCAUUAAGGAAGAGCUAAAAAGUUGUUGAUGAUACUAGUGCUAUUUUUUUCUCGUCUUUUGGAUAGAGGAUGAUAUUAGUACUGGAAUUUUUUUCUUCCUUUUUAACAAUUUAACGGCAUUUCAUCAGUUUUCAUCUGGGCUUUUUCUCUUUUUCUUUAAAACUUUUGUAGACACCCCUUUGCUUGAUAAUUGAACUAUAGCAUUAUAUUAAACUGUAAAUUUCUUA